AUGUCUACCGAAGCCAACCAACAAAUCGCAAACGAGACGGACCAGCAGCAAGCCGGAGACGCGAAAGCAUCUGAAGAGCCGAAAACGUACCGGGAAGUCGCCGCCGAACACAUCGAUACCCUCAACGAGAUCAACCACCAAAUACCCAAACUGCUCAAGUACUUCGCAACUGCCCUGAGCCAGCUCACCAACGAUCCGAUCCCCUUCCAACAUGACGCCAUGCAGUGUACACCGGGUACCCUCGAAGCGCGCAAAGAAGCCUUCCGAAUCAAUGCCCUCUUCUGCGGAGCAUCCUGCGAAGUAAUAAGAUCAGAGUUGGUCAAGCAAAUAAACGCUCUCGAACGCUACAAGGUCAUACCGAAGAGCCAUCCCAAGUUUACCGUCAAUCAGAGACAGGGGCAGGGGCAGCCCCAGAAAGGCAAGGAAAACGAGAGUGAGGUCGUGGACCCAGAGAAGGAGGUCAAGAACGGAGGUUAUGGCGAGUUUGACGUUGGUGUGUUGAAUGCGAGGGCCAGCUCGGGACAGGUUGGGACGGAGGAUGUGUUGGAUCGUGCGAAAGCGAUUCUGGAGGAACUACAGAAGCGGACUGGAGGUGCGGUGGGCGAUGAAGAGGAUAUGGUCAUCGAUGGAUGA